AUGGGUGAAACUCAGAGCAGUCCAGAGUGGGCAGAGAGGAAUCCGUAUUAUGACAACACGGAUCACCAGAUCGCUGACGAUCUGGCGCAGAAGCACAUGGCCAUCGGAUGCCAGAAAGCGAAUCUCCACGAGAACUGGGCCAAGCUCGGCUUACCAAGUCCUGCGGAAGGUGGAGUGCCUUGGUACUGGUUCUACAGUCGCCUGAGGUACGGAAAGUACCCACCUACGCGUUGGGUCGAGGGCAUCACGAUUGUAGAGGAGAACGAGUUUGGUGAGCAGUGGACGACACAAGUUCAGUUCGCCAAGGGUGGAUCGCGCCGUAUGCCCAUGGAUGAAAAUUUCUCACAAGAUUGGAGCCGAAGACCAGUGAGGUCCGUCUGCUGA